AAUUGAGCAAGGGAGCUUCUUUCUCUCGAGGUUGCCUCCGCGACGCGGUCGGGUACAGUACUAACAUAGUAUAAAACUUUGGCGUAUAAAUCACCCUAAUCUCGAAAUCGCUGUCAGUGAUACUAAUCAGCCCUCCAAUCCCUUCACGCCACAUCCUCCCCUUUCUCCUCCUCUCCUCCUCACCGUCAUCAACAGCGCCCACUACAUGUCUCAAAAGCCAAGCGCUAUCAUUUUCGGUGGUCUAAAUACAUGUUCACGAGCACUCGCAGCAUUGCUAGUCCCACCCGAGGGGGAGAGACUCGUUUCGCACCUUCGUAUUGUCGAUAGAUUCUCUGUUUAUCCACCCACAACAUAUCUGGGUGCAGAAUUCCCAAAGGUCCUGGCUCAACCCGAUGUUGAAUAUCGGCAAGCCAAUUUAACUGUUCCUUCUGCGGUCGCAUCUGCUUUUGAUCCCCCGUCAGGCAAGGCACCCUACUCAUACGUCUUCGAUCUCACUGGUGAGACCAAUCAUGACCGCAGUGAAGUUAUUGCGAUCAAAUUGACUUUCACCGUUGCUCGCAUCAUCGGUCUGGAGGCUGCCCGUAGAAAAGUCAAUGCUUACGUACGACUACAGCAACCUGUGUAUGAAACAUCAGACAAGGGUCCGCAUGACGAGAAGGAAGAUGUCAAGCCUGUACGACCAUUAGAUGUCUGGUGGCAUGAGACGCUUCGAAUGCUAGCUUCUAUCGAUGACCUUCCUCUCGUCAUCCUGCGAAUUGGAUUUGUAUAUGGCCCUUACGUCGAGUUCGGACUCUGUAAUUUAUCUUCCUCAUUUUUUUCCGACGACAUGGGAUUAACGUUCUUGAUAGAUCCGCUAGUGAUCACCGUUGCGUCCAUCUACGGUUACAUGAAUAAACCAAUGAAAACACCAUGGGGCCCGGGAAAAGACGGCGUCAAUACAGUUCACAUAGAUGAUGUUUCGGGCGGUCUAUGGGCAUGUGCAGAAUGGAUGGCUUCACUUGGCCGUCAACAGGCAAUUUUAAUUGCAGGAGAGAAAAUUUAUUUCCAUAAUGACAAAUCCAAGGUCAAGGAUAUCGAGGGCACGUGCAUACCUGAUGCACAACCCAUAGCGCCUGUCUUUAACUUGGUUGACGACUCAGAGAUGACUAUGGCUAAGGGCGGGUCAAUGAUCACGGAAUUCUUCGGCACGACGUUUGAGUUUUACUCGUUCUUUGAAAAUGCCUUGGCAAAGCUUAAACUCGACGAUGUCGUCGAAGAAAUCAACGAGCACCACGUGGGUACCUGGACUGAAAUGCUUCAGACGUCCAACCCUCCGAUUGGCCAGACCCCACUCGAUGCCUAUAUGGACCAGUGGGCUCUAUCACGACGCAAACUUUCCUACAGCAAUAACAAAAUCAAGAAAGUCAUUGGAUACAAGCUUAUACGUCCGCAGUUCACACACGACGCGCUUCGCGAAGUGGUGGACAAGUGGAAAGCGGAGGGCUCCUGGCCAGCACUCGAAGGUCGUUAGACUAUUCCAUGAACAACCGUCGGUGUUGUGCAUUUAUUUGAUAAGUUGCUUUGUUGUGAUCCUAGCCUGGAAUGUUUUUUGUUGUUAACCUUCUCUGCAUUCUAUAGUCGUAUCCAUGUUCCUUACGCACUGCGUUCACCCGUCAUGUCACUGUUCAUAUUCGUUGCAUUUUGUUUGUUUGCUAUACGUACUAAUACUGUGGUCAAUAAUGGAAUAAUAACGUGUUGUAACUCGAUCGAAGCUUUU